GAAAAUACAUUUUACAUUUCCCACAAUCCAUUCGCGCACACAAGUAACUUCCUUUUUUAAUAAAAUUGGCCAUCAUGGCGGUCGGAAAAAAUAAACGACUGACGAAAGGUGGCAAGAAGGGUGCGAAGAAGAAGGUAGUGGACCCUUUUUCAAAGAAAGAUUGGUAUGACGUAAAGGCCCCUUCUAUGUUUGCUGUGCGGCAAAUAGGCAAGACUCUUGUUUCAAGGACCCAGGGCACACGAAUUGCAUCUGAUGGUUUAAAAGGACGAGUCUUUGAGGUGUCGUUGGCUGAUCUUCAGAAUGACGAAGUUACGUUCCGAAAGUUUAAGCUUAUAGCUGAGGAAGUUCAAGGCAGGAAUGUACUCACAAAUUUUCAUGGAAUGGACCUCACUCGUGACAAAUUGUGCUCCAUGGUCAAGAAGUGGCAGACAUUGAUUCAAGCCCAUGUUGAUGUGAAGACCACAGAUGGUUAUCUGCUGCGAAUGUUCUGCAUCGGGUUCACGAAGAAGAGAAACAACCAAGUGAAGAAGACGUGCUAUGCCCAACACAUGCAGAUCAAGAUGAUCCGUAAGAAGAUGAUCGAGAUUAUCACACGCGAGGUGUCCUCAAAUGACAUGAAGGAUGUUGUUAACAAGCUUAUUCCAGACAGUAUUGGAAAAGACAUUGAAAAGGCAUGUCAAGGCAUCUACCCACUGCAUGAUGUUUACAUCAGGAAGGUCAAAGUGCUGAAGAAGCCAAAGUUUGAUGUUGGGAAGCUGAUGGAACUUCAUGGAGAGGGUGGAGGAACUACCAAGACGGUUGUUUCAGAAACAGGAGAAGUUGUAUCGCGGCCUGAGGGUUACGAGCCACCUGUUAUGAAAUCUGUCUGAAACUGUGUAUGCUAAAAUAAAGACUGAUCUACAGUGA